CGCUGCACGCCUAACUGAAACUUUAUAAUCUAUUCAAUUUCGACCCCCGGAAACCGCUAUCUCUGAAUCCAUCUCUCGUCCGUUCCUUUUCCGGGCUCGACUUGCAGAGUGACAAUGGCGAAAUCCAGCGCAGACGACGAGGAGCUCAGGAGAGCUUGUGAAACCGCUAUAAACGAUGGUGGAGGUACCAAACAGCAGGUCGUCUUGUCGAUGCGCGUUGCGAAGAGUCGUGGGAUCUGGGGUAAAUCGGGGAAAUUAUCUCGUCAUCACAUGGCCAAACCUAGAGUUCUCGCCAUCUCUACCAAUUCUAAAGGUCAGAGAACUAAAGCUUUUAUUCGUGUCAUGACAUAUUCUUCUGGUGGAGUCCUUGAGCCUGCGAAAUUGUACAAGCUAAAGCAUCUUUCCAAAGUGGAGGUUAUUGCGAAUGACCCCAGUGGCUGUACAUUUGUGCUGGGAUUUGAUAACCUUAGGAGCCAGAGUGUUGCUCCUCCUCAGUGGACCAUGCGGAACACUGAUGACAGGAAUCGUCUUCUGCUUUUCAUCCUAAACAUGUGUAAAGAGGUUCUGGGCCGUCUUCCCAAAGUUGUUGGAAUAGAUGUCGUCGAGAUGGCUCUUUGGGCUAAGGAAAACACACCAGCAGUCACCAACCAAGCAUAUCCUCAAGAUGUGGGACCGGUUGCAUCUGUUGUGACAGAGAAUGACUUGACAGUAACUGUUGAAAAAGAUCUAGUUUCACAAGCUGAAGAAGAGGACAUGGAGGCUCUUCUUGGCACGUAUGUCAUGGGUAUUGGUGAAGCAGAGGCAUUUUCUGAAAGGUUGAAGCGAGAACUUCUUGCUUUGGAAGCGGCAAAUGUGCAUGCCAUUUUGGGAAGUGAACCUUUGAUUGAGGAGGUAUUGCAGGGGCUAGAAUCGGCAUCCAUUUGUGUGGAUGAUAUGGACGAGUGGCUGGGCAUUUUCAAUGUAAAACUUAGGCACAUGAGAGAGGACAUCGAAUCGAUAGAAACUCGAAAUAAUAAGUUGGAGAUGCAAUCUGUAAAUAAUAAAGCACUUAUUGCGGAGCUUGAUAAACUUCUUGAACGGAUGCGUGUUCCUCCUGAGUAUGCAGCAUGUCUACUAGAAGGUUCUUUUGAUGAGGCUCGUAUGCUCAAAAAUAUUGAAGCAUGUGAAUGGCUGACGGGUGCUUUACGUGGUUUAGAAGUACCUAAUUUGGAUCCUUGUUACGCAAACAUUCGAGCUGUUAAAGAGAGGCGUGCGGAACAUGAAAAAUUAAAAGCUAAAUUUGUACGUAGAGCUUCUGAGUUCUUGAGAAACUUCUUUGCUGGUUUGGUGGAUUUUAUGUUUAGCGAUAAGAGUUACUUCUCGCAGCGUGGGCAGUUAAAGAGGCCUGAUCAUUCUGAUCUUCGGUACAAAUGCAGGACAUAUGCACGCCUUCUGCAACAUUUAAAGGGCCUUGAUAAGAAUUGCUUGGGCGGGUUGCGAAAAGCUUAUUGUAGCUCCCUUAAUUUGCUUCUUCGUCGAGAGGCUCGAGAUUUUGCCAAUGAGCUUCGUGCUAGUACAAAAGCAUCAAGAAAUCCAACAGUCUGGCUUGAAGCAUCUGCAGGUUCCAAUCAAACUGUGAACAAUGCAGACACUUCUAGUGUUUCUGAUGCAUAUGCCAAGAUGCUUACGAUUUUUAUACCCCUCCUUGUAGAUGAGAGUUCGUUCUUUGCACAUUUCAUGUGCUUUGAAGUUCCUGCACUUGUUCCACCUGGAGGUCCUGCCAAUGAGAACACAAAUGAAUCCAAUGAUGAUGUAAAUGAUGACGAUUUGGGCAUCAUGGACAUUGAUGACAAUGACAGCAAAGUUGGUAAAACUUCGGGGGAGCUGGGAACAUUAAACGAAUGUCUUCAUGAGUUGCUUGAUGGAAUCCAAGAAGAUUUUUGUGCUGUGGUGGACUGGGCAUACAAGAUUGAUCCUUUACGUUGCAUAUCAAUGCAUGGGAUUACAGAGCGUUAUCUUUCUGGUCAGAAAGCUGAUGCAGCAGGAUUUGUGCGCCUUUUGCUUGAUGAACUAGAGUCAAGAAUUUCGAUGCAGUUCAGCCGGUUUGUUGAUGAAGCUUGCCACCAGAUUGAGAGGAAUGAGCGCAAUGUUCGGCAGAUGGGUGUCUUGUCUUAUAUCCCAAGAUUUGCAACCCUUGCAACACGCAUGGAGCAGUAUAUUCAGGGUCAAUCUAGGGAUUUGGUUGAUCAGGCCUACACAAAACUUGUUAGUAUAAUGUUUGUGACUUUGGAGAAAAUUGCACAAACUGAUCUUAAGUAUGCUGACAUAGUGCUUUUAGAGAACUACGCGGCAUUCCAGAACAGCCUUUACGACCUAGCUAAUGUUGUGCCCACACUUGCAAAGUUCUACCACCAAGCAAGUGAAUUGUAUGAACAAGCUUGCACACGUCACAUCAACAUGAUCAUAUACUAUCAAUUUGAAAGACUCUUCCAGUUUGCUCGAAAAAUUGAAGAUUUGAUGUACACAAUCACACCAGAAGAGAUCCCUUUCCAGCUUGGGCUGUCAAAAAUGGAUCUCCGUAAGAUGUUGAAAUCCAGUUUAUCUGGGGUAAGGUUGACAAGUCUAUCAGUGCAAUGUAUAGAAAGUUACAAAAGAAUUUGACUUCUGAGGAAUUGCUGCCAUCUUUAUGGGAUAAAUGCAAGAAGGAUUUUCUGGACAAAUAUGAUAGCUUUGGGCAAUUGGUUGUUAAGAUUUACCCCAAUGAAACAAUUCCAUCUGUAGCAGAGAUGAAAGAGAUUCUUGCUUCGAUGUAGAGGGAGAAAGUUGAUCUUUUUCAGACGUGUAGAGUCUUCAGAUACUUUUACAGUAAAGGGGUAUUUAUUCUUUAUUUUUUGGGCAAUUCAAUUUAUUCUUAUAGUAAAUAGAAAUGUAUCAGAUGUCUCUCUAUGCCCUUCUGAUGGUUAGAAUAAAUACUGGUAUUUAUAUUAUCUUUGGUUCGG